AUCAGUAUAAAAGCAAAGCAAACGUCUUUUAGAUGCAACAUACAAGUUCCACGCAUCUUAAACAUCCCGCGUCUAAGCGUCAUUCGUGUUUUUUUUCUAAAAUUAUAAAUUAAUAUAGAAUCAUAGUUUUUGUUUAAGUGGGUGACAAAAUUUUUUAUUCAGUAUUUUAAAAAUCAACCAAAGACUCAAAAACAUUAUGAAAAUGUUCGUGUCAAUUUUGUGGGCUACGCUGAUAUCAGGAGUAAUUUCAACACCAAUAAAUGAAAAAGAUUCUGGUGAGUCUGAUCUCAUGGCAACUAUAUAUUCUGAUUGCUUAAAACUGGAAUCACUUGACUGCAUCAAGUAUAAGGUUUUUUCAUAUGUUGACAAAAUGCUUACUGAUAAGGAUGAUAUUACAUUGUCUGAGGGCAUUACCGUUGUCAAAACAUCAUCAGCUGAAGAAGGGGCACCAAGAUCGAUUGAUUCAACUGAUGUAGAUACCUUGAUCUUUGAUCGUCUAGGAAGCUUUCUUAAGUCACAUUCAAUCAAAAUUGAUUUUAAAGGAAGUGAAAUUUUGAGUGCUGUUGAAUCUGCUGGAAGAAAUCUUGAAGACAUCAAUGACAGUAUUGCUGAAAGUCGUGGCAAAAAAAAAAAAUCACAGAAAAUGAUGGGGCCAUUGAUGAUGGCAAUUGCACUCAAAGCUGCAGCAUUACUUCCAUUAGCUCUUGGUGCAAUUGCUUUAAUUGCCGGUAAAGCUCUUUUGGUCGGAAAAAUAGCACUUGUCAUUUCUGCAAUUAUAGGAUUGAAAAAAUUACUUGGAGGUCAAAAACAUGUAACAUAUGAGGUUGUUGCUCAUCCACAUCAUAGUAGUAGUAGUAGUAGCAGUCACGUUGUCAGUCAUGAUGACAGUGGUCAUGGUUCUGGUGGAUUUGGUGGAGCUAGUGACUUCAGUAGCGGUGGGUUUGGAGGAGCCAGUGGUGGUUCAUCUGGACAUGGCUGGGCAAGAAGUUUAUCACAAGAUGCCCAACAACUAGCUUAUAGAGGACAAAUUCCUGCUUAAUAAGCUAUUCAUGACAAAAAACCACCGAACGUUAUUUAAUUUUUUUGAAUUUAUUUAUUUUUCAUUUCUUUUUUACUGUCAUUUUAUUCACUCUGUAAAAAUUCCUCACUAUUUAACUAUUCUUUUUAUUUUUUUUUUCUAUUUCAUCUUACUUUUAUUUUCUACAAUUUCUUUUCUACUAUAUACUUUUGAGUUGCAUAUUUUUUUAUAACUAUUUUUCACAUUUUAUAACCAUCUAAAAUUACUAGUACCUUUGAAAAUCCUCGUUAAUUUGUGUUUUCUAAGAUAAACUUUGUUAUCCAUUACGUAUUUUAUAAUUUUAAUAAUAUUUAUUUUUGUGUGUAUACUAUAGUUUUAUAAAAUAGGAACUGUUUUUUAUUUUCUUUUUUUUUAAUUUUAAUAUUAAUACAUAUGUAUUAUAUAAUUGUAACAAUGACUGUAUACCACAUUUGUGUUGAAUUUGUUGAAUUUGUAAUAAAACUAUUAAGAAAAAAAACAAAAAAAAUCAAUAAAACACUAGAAUAGAUGAAUGUAUAAGUAUUAAAAUGAAAAUGCAAGUACUAAAUGAUAAUAGCGAUGACUGUGUUAUGUUACUGUUGACUGGAAAGAAAAAAACAAAAACCAGAUUCAAAUAUUACGAGAUUCGAAAAAUCCGGGUUGAGCAUUUAAAUUUCCAAAGACCAUAAUAUGAGUUUUGUCGAGACAAUUUCCUGUUUGCUGGCCUCACAAAUAAUAUCUUUUAUUGAGAUUAAAUUGGUGUUUUAGUAUCUAAAAUUAGAUAUGCUGCUACGUAUAGAAUGUCUAUGUAGACUGAUAAAGUACUUGUGAAUUUGAAAGCGGUAGUGAAGUAGGUAUCACACAUAUGGCUUAUAAAGAUGCAAAACAUAAACUAUUUGUCGUGAGUUCUGUUUGAUUGAGAUACAUAUGCGGGAAUCUCAAGAUGAUUCUAUUUACCGCUAUAAAACAUGCGAAUAUAGCGGUGUCAGAUUAACAUUUUGACAAAUCGUGGGUAUACUUUUUCUAAUUGAUUAUUUUUUUUUCAUGAUGGUAAUUUUAUUGACAAAUCCCGUAAUUUUAUUGACAAAAAAUAAUGAACUAUAGAUAAUUAUUCCCAAAAAAAAAAAAAACAAGAAAGUUUUCAAGGAUGUAAUAUCGUCAGUGUUAUUAGUUCGAAGAGAAGCUGUGAAGCAUGACUAAUUUACUUAUUUUUUCAAAUAAUAAAAAACUAUCAAAUUCA